AGUCUAUAUCCAGCCGGCCAGCCCACUUGUCCUUCCCCCGCGGCAUCCUUCAGAAACUCAGGAACCCUAACCCCUCCUUCCUGUUCUCCUCUCUCUCUCUCUCUCUCUCGCCUAGAAACCUUAAGACUUCAAUUCAGUGGCGUUUAAUUUGUCCAAUCCAUCGAUUGAAUCGAAUUUGAAUUGACAGUUGAAUGGGGAAGAAGAAGAAGAGAGCUCAGACAUCGAAGGUGUGGUGCUAUUAUUGCGAUAGAGAGUUCGAGGACGAGAAGAUUUUGGUGCAGCAUCAGAAGGCCAAGCAUUUCAAGUGCCAUGUCUGCCAUAAGAAGCUCUCCACCGCCGGCGGUAUGCAAAUCCACGUCCUCCAGGUCCAUAAAGAAAACGUCAGCAAGGUUCCGAAUGCAAAACCUGGUAGGGAAUCCACAGAUAUUGAAAUAUAUGGAAUGCAAGGAAUUCCACCUGACAUUCUGGCAGCUCAUUAUGGAGAAGAAGAUGAUGAGGCACCAGCUAAAACUCCCAAGGUGGAAAUUCCACCAACCCAGGUUGGUGGUGUGGUUCAGGGCUCAUUAGGCGUGGGUUUUCCUCCUCAGUCUAGUGUUGGAGUGAUGCCAACUCUUUACAAUCCUGCAGUACCAAUCCCUCCUGCUGGUUGGCCAGUUGCACCACGCCCUCAACCUUGGUAUCCACAACAUUCAGCUGUGUCAGUUCCACCAUCAGCACCAUUGGGGUUGCCACCACAACCUUUGUUUCCAGUGCAGAAUUUAAGGCCUCCCUUGCCGCCCACUGCACCACCAGGGCUUCAAGCAUCUGUUCCCGUUGUGCCUCCAGGGCUUCCUGCUCCGCCACCUAUUCCUGUAUCUCAGCCAUUAUUCCCUGUUGUUCCAAGUAGCAAUGUUCCUGCUCAAAAUUCAGCAUUUUCUGCACCCAUGCUACCAACAAGUCUUCCUUUGAGCACUUUGACCGAAACAAAAAAUUCUGUGGAUGGAUACUUGAACAAUAAUGCUUCUGUUACAAAUACUUUUGCGACCCCUGGGAUUCCAGCUGCAAUGCCUGUGAAUUCACAUUCAUAUGCUUCUGGUCCAAAUACUGGUGGCCCUUCCAUUGGACCACCACCGGUAAUUGCAAACAAAGCUCCAGCUAGUCAGCCAGCAGGAAAUGAGGUCUACUUAGUUUGGGAUGAUGAAGCUAUGUCCAUGGAGGAAAGAAGGAUGUCCUUGCUGAAAUAUCAGGUGCAUGACGAGACUAGCCAGAUGAGCUCAAUUGAUGCUGCAAUUGAUAGAAGGAUAUCAGAAAGCAGGCUUGCUGGUCGUAUGGCAUUUUAGGUUUGGUGGCCUAGUGUUAGAAGUUGGAGACCUUUCUGGUUGCAGCUCAAGAGUUAAUCGAGUCUUAAAUUAAGACUUGCUCGAGCACCUCAAGUGAUUACUUCCUGCUCGGUCUAAAACUCUUUCUUUUCGUGUUGUAUGCUUAGAAGUGAAGUGAGGUAGGAUGAUUCUUUUAACCUUUAGUUGAAAAGUUUCAAAAGAUUCUUGUAACUGAGUUGGAAGGUUUUGUAAGGGGUCGGCGUUGUUUUGUAAAUUGAGGAUCUCAAUAUGAUUUGAAGCAGAUGCGAUUUAAUGUUAUUUGGGGAAUUCGUAGAUCA